UUUACAGAGAGGUUCAAAAUCACCAAAGCAAAAAACCAAUAAACAAGUACACAUGCCUACACAUAUAUAAUCCCCAUAUAAAUUUUGUACUCGGUACCCAUCAAAUUAAAAGUUGGUUGAAUUUUGAGUACAUUUUCCUCAUAAAAGUCUCACUUGCUUUCACAGUUUCUGGUGCCAAUCACAGUAGUGUGAGAAAGGAUGACGAAUACCGAAGAAAAUGAGGAGACGAACAUGGCAGCUUGGCUUCUUGGAAUCAAGAACCUUCAAAUUCAACCUUAUCAUCUUCCUCCUCUAGGCCCUAAUGAUGUUAAAGUCCAGAUUAAGGCUCUCGGAAUUUGUGGGAGCGAUGUUCAUCACUUCAAGAACAUGCGGGUUGCAAAUUUCAUAGUUAAAAAGCCUAUGGUAAUUGGACAUGAGUGUGCUGGUAUAAUCAAAGAAGUUGGGUCCAAUGUGAAGUCUCAAGCAGUGGGCGAUCGAGUUGCCCUGGAACCUGGUAUUAGUUGCCAAACUUGUAAUCUUUGCAAAAAUGGAACCUAUAACUUAUGCAAAAAGAUGAAGUUUUUCGGCUCUCCACCAACCAAUGGCUCACUUGCCAAUCAGGUAGUUCAUCCAGAAAAUUUAGUGUUCAAAUUACCUGAUAAUGUGAGCUUGGAAGAAGGGGCCAUGUGUGAACCGCUUAGUGUUGGUGUGCAUGCUUGUCGUCGAGCAAAUGUCACCCCGGAUUCUAAAGUUUUGAUCUUUGGAGCUGGACCCAUAGGCCUUGUAACUAUGCUGGCUGCCCAUGCUUUUGGAGCCUCCAAAGUCAUCAUUGCUGAUAUUGAUGACCACAGAUUAUCAAUUGCAAAGGAUCUUGGUGCAAAUGGAACCGUUAAAGUCUCAACAAACCUUCAGGAUACCGACGAGGACACAGAAAAGAUUCAGAAAACCAUGGGUGACAGUAUCGAUAUUAGCUUUGACUGUGUGGGCUUUGACAAAACUAUGUCAACGGCUUUAAAUGCCACUCGGGCUGGUGGUAAAGUAUGUCUUGUGGGAUUGGGGCGGAGUCAGAUGACCAUCCCUUUGGUUGCUGCAGCUGCAAGGGAAGUUGAUGUUAUCGGGAUAUUCAGAUAUAGAAACACAUGGCCACUCUGUAUUGAGCUUUUGAAAACCGGGAAGAUUGACGUGAAGCCACUUAUUACUCACAGAUACAAAUUUACACAAGAAGAUGUCGAGAAAGCAUUUGAAACAAGUGCUCGGGGAGGGAACGCCAUCAAAGUUAUGUUUAACCUCUAAAAUACAACUUUCGUUAGUGGAUCAAAAUACAAUAUAAACAUCAAUUUAUAUGUUACAAUAAAUACCUUUUUGUUCUUGAUC